AUGACCGGCCAGACGUUUACCGACGUCGUUCGCGUGGACCACAGCCGUGCCGUGAAGGACUCUACCUUUGCCCGCUCCUACAGCAGGACGCCAAGCUUCUGCGUUUACAAUGAUCGUUUUACACAGGACUGCCUGGGAACAUCCCCGAAGCUCACGCUGGUCGAGAGACGAGACUAUCAAUUCGCUCACGAGGCUGGCGUUUACGUUCGGCCGACCAACUCAGUAUACUUUACUGCCAAUUUUCAGACGUGCGACCCUGUCCACCUGUACGCCAUCGACGCGAAGACGCACAAGAUCACGCAGCUCGAAUACCCCGAAGUGGUACAAGCGAACGGUGCGUGCAACUAUCAAGAUGGCGUGUUGUACUGCUCUCAAGGCGAUCGGACCAGACCAUCUGGCCUGGUCCACGUCGAUCCAGUCACCAAGAAAUCCGAAACCCUCAUCACCAAUUUCUAUGGCCGCGACUUCAACUCGGUCAACGAUGUCGUUAUCCACCAUGAAACAGGGGAGAUAUGGUUCACCGACCCCAACUACGGUUAUCACCAGGGCUUCCGACCGGGCUCAAUGCUUCCUCCGCAAGUCUACCGGUUCAAUCCCAAGACAAAAGAGUGCUGGAUGGUGGCCGAUGGCUUUGCCGAAUGCAACGGUCUCUGCUUCAGCCCGGACUACAAGCUGCUCUAUGUCACCGACACGGGAGCGAUUCAAGCCCACGCCGGUCCCGGUGAUGGCCACCAAUUCUCCAUGAACCCCAAGUUACCGGGGACCAUCUACGUCUAUGAUGUCGUCAACGGUCGCGAGCUGCACAACAGGCGCGUCUUUGCGUUCUGCGCCGUCGGCAUCCCCGAUGGCAUCAAGUGCGACGAGAAGGGUUAUGUGUAUUCCGGAUGCGGUGACGGUGUACACUGUUGGGCACCGGACGGCACGCUUGUUGGCAAGAUUGUCACCGGAGGAAUUACGGCAAACUUCUGCUUCGCAAAGGAAGGUAUGUGGCUCUUUGCGGAGAAAGAUCUUUUCUUCUGUGAGCUCGGUGCAAAGGGAUGUCUGGUCAAGAUAGAGUGUGAAUGA